AUGUCAGCGAAGCACUUCAUCAACGAUCCCAUCAAGCUAGUUAAUGAUGCUCUCUAUGGUAUUGCCAUCGCCAAUCCCGCCGUGGCACUCGACGCCGAAAACAAGAUCAUCUAUCGCCGUCCAGGGCCUGACAUGAAGGGCCAGGUCUCUGUAGUCAGCGGUGGCGGUGCCGGCCAUGAGCCAGCCUUUGCUGCCUUUGUCGGGGGCGGCUUACUGAGCGCCAGCAUCUCGGGCACAAUAUUUGCAUCUCCCAACUCGGAGCAGGUCCGCAACGCCCUAACCAGCUUUGUCGAUCAUGAGGAAGGGAUUCUCGUCAUAGUCAUGAACUAUACAGGCGAUAUCCUGAAUUUCGGCGUAGCCGUCGAGCAGGCAAAGUCAGCCGGCCUGAACGUCAGAAUGCUCGUUGUGGCUGAUGAUGUCGGCGUCGACCGCACCAAGAGCGGCAAAGUUGGCAGACGAGGCAUCAUAGGUACCGUGCUGGUGCAGAAGAUUGCCGGGGCCAUCGCCGCGCAGGGAGCAAGUCUCGACAAGGUCUAUGCCGCGGGGCGCCUCGCCGCAGAUAAUCUCGUCAGUAUCGGCGCUAGUCUGGAGCAUGUCCACGUUCCCGGCCACGCAGUCGACGAACCACAGCAUCGGCUAGAGAUUGGCGAAAUCGAGGUGGGUAUGGGCAUCCACAACGAGCCGGGCUCGGGCAAGCAGAGGGCAGAUCUGCCGCAACUGGUGGAGUUGAUGAUCGCACAGCUGCUGAGCCAGGCGGAUCCUGACAGAGACUUCCUCAAAUUCGAACACAGCGAGGUAGUGCUGCUUGUGAACAACCUGGGCGGAGUCAGCGUCCUCGAGAUGAGUGGUAUUACCACAGAGGUGGUGAUGCAGCUGGAGAGAACCUUCAAUAUUCGUCCGGUACGCAUUCUCAGCGGCACCUACAUGACGAGCCUAAAUGGACUGGGCUUUAGUAUCUCGCUGCUUAAGAUGGUUGAUGUCGAUGGAUAUAACAUGAUCGACCUUAUAGAUUACCCUUGUGAGGCUACUGGCUGGAUCGCACCAGUCUCGACUCAAACCUGGAAAGCAAAGAAUACAGCAACCAGGCAGCGCAAGAAGUCAUCUAAAGAUCAUUUGAAAGCGACUAGCCUGAGGCUAGACCCCAUCACAGCCAGAACUGCACUCGAAAACGCUCUACAGCGAGUCAUCAUAGCUGAGCCAGAUGUCACCAUGUAUGACACAGUUGUCGGCGACGGUGACUGCGGUAUUGGAUUGAAACGAGGAGCCGAAGCUAUUCUUGUUUUCAUUUCUCAGAAGGGUUUCUCUGGAGAUGCAGUUAUCGACGUUGCAAGUCUCGCACACAUAGUUGACAAGACAAUGGACGGUACCUCUGGUGCUCUAUACUCCAUUUUUCUACAUGCUCUCGUGCAAGCAUUGAGUUCAUUGCCUCAGGGAGACCUCCGUCCUCAAGGAUGGGCUCAAGCGCUGAGAGAAAGCUGUGACGCGAUGUCUAAGUAUACGCCUGCAAGGCCAGGCGAUAGGACACUAGUAGAUGCACUCUACCCUUUUAUUGAUGUUCUCCAGCAGACUGGCGAUGUUAGACAGGCGGCGGAGGCAGCGCUGGUUGGCGCCCAGAGCACUAAAGGUAUGACGGCCAGUCUGGGCCGGACCGUCUACGUCGGUGGCUCUCGGUAUCAAGAGGUCCCUGACCCGGGAGCGUGGGGACUGUGCUGCUUCUUUCUAGGCCUCGCUGGAGUGGACCCUGAGAUGAAGAAAUGA